AUGGCCCGAUCGCGGAGACCGCGAACACGCGCGCAGGCACGAAGCACUGGAAGACAGAACUCCGGGGUACAGCCUGCCCGUAGACGUACCGCGAGGCGGCUCAAUGGAUCUGAACGUUCAGAGCACUGUUGUCGUAAACGGGGCUGCAAAGUUACUUUCGCCCGUAGGUCCGACCUAGGGCGGCACCUAAGGACAGUGCACAACAAACGAGCCGAAAUAUUUGAAUGCCCAUUCAAGUCCGAAGGAUGCGACUUUAGCACAAAACAAAAGUGCAACAUCCCCGCGCACGUGGAUAGCGUGCACCUAAUCAGACACGAGAAAACAUACCAUAAGCUGCCUGGUAGACGGCAGCGAGCGGUCAUGGGACAGAUGCACGAUUCUGAAGGAAAGGACGACGUUGUAACAUUACCUAAGGAGUCGAAUGGCUUCCCUGACUCCCCUGAUCCGACCGCAGUGGGAGAGACCUCGGCCCGGUCGGCUGAGAAGGGGAAAGGCAAGGAGGUCGUCGAGGACCUCUCAGGAUUUGACGACGCAAGCGACGUUGAUAGGGACGAUUUUGAACGACGUUGCGGCCUGUACCUGCCAUCUGAACUAGCAAAGAUGCAGACUGAGACGUCUAACCCCAUGAACGGCACAGGCGAGCCGUUCGUAGACCGCGGCACGGACGGCAAUAAUGCAAUGAGCUUCCCUCAGUCUAUGUUAAUCAACAAAACCGUCUGGCUAUAUGACGCGCUCGGACAGCCGGUGAGACCGUUGGCUCCAGCAGACAGGCAACUUUUUACCAAUCCAUUUAACGCAAAUAUCGGUCUAUUGCUCGGUCUGGAAGAUGCUGGUCAACCACAAAUCCCAUUAGCGCCGCCAGCACCAGAGCUAGAGAACAUACCUGAUUACGGCGCCCCGCUCGAUUUCUAUGCGCCUUUCCCGGACAUAUCCACUGCCAAUCCUUUGCAUUAUUGA